AGAUGUUUGGGCUCAAGCUUGGGCUCAAGCAGCCCGAGCGCACCUUUUCCCUGCUGGUCAAAAGAACCACCGCAGCCACCGCAGAUCGGCAAUGGGUGCAGCUCAGGCCCACGCCGACUCCGAGCAGGUGACCAGCACAGACGGCUCCUCAGCUGCGCCGGGGCUCGAGCAGGCAGUGCAGACGGGCCCGCAGGUCCUCAGCGCCCCGGCCGUGCCGAUGGCGCACCCUGCAGGAGGGACUGCGCAGACAGCCCAGAUGGGCCCACCAGUCCUCAGUUACCCGGCCAUGCCCAUGAUGCCUCCACUGGGCGGGAUGGGGCAGGUGGGCCCGCCGGUGCUCACCGCCCCGGCCGUGCCCGCCGGCCGCUUCCCUGGGGGCAUGAUCUCCGUGCCGGUGCCUCCGUCGGCGCACAGCCUGCCGGCCGUGCCCCUGCCGCCGGCGACGCCGGGGCUCGCGCCAGCAGGGCCCCGGAGUGAGGUCCAGGUGGAGGUGCGCGUGGCAACGCCGCGCACGGAGAGCCACGAUCCCGUGGUGCGGAAGUGCCGCGAGGUUUUCGUGCGCAUCGACGCGAACGGCGACGGGGCGGUGAGCAAGCUGGAGUUCAUGCGCUCGGUCGCCAAGGACUCGGCCGUGGCCGCUUUCGUGCUGCCUGGAGAGGACAGCAGCAAUCUUCUUCAAGACGAGUCCAAGUUCGACGCAGCUGAGCAGGUGUUUGAGGCUAUUAGUGCGGACAGGAAUCGGAUCAGAUUUGGUGACUUCACAGCGUACUUCCGCAGGGUCUUGAGCGAGGAUAAAUCUGACGAGAGUGAGAUGAGAGCCGUUUUUGCAGCGAUCGAUGCGGAUGGGAGUGGCUCGAUCUCGAAGCUUGAACUAGUCGCCGCGAUGCAGGGAAAGCCUGCUGUGGCCCAAUUUGUGAUGCCCGGUGUGGACAGCAGCAAGGUGAUGCAGGAGGAGUGGAGCUUUGACAUGGUAAGCGCUGUCUUCCAGGCCAUCUCUCAUGGCAAGCGCCGCAUCGACCUCGCAGAUUGGCUUGCGUACUUCCAGCGUGUGAAGAGGGCGAGCAGUGCUCCGAAGUUGAUGCGCACCAGAUCUCAGGUGCACCGAGAGCGGACGAGCGCUCGGGUGCUCGUCAUCGGCCCUGGGCGGGGCCGCAACCUCGAAUCUUCCGGCUUCCAGCUGCACUUCAGCGCCGCGCCUUGCCCCGAUCAGCCUGGCUUUCCGAUGCAGGCCUAUUUGGGUCAUGUCAGGGCAGAGGUGGACCAUGUGCAGCCCGAUGCCGUCGUGGCUUUCUCCUCUGGCACGGCGUACGCGGUCGGCCUCUGGCAGUGUGGCUGGCGCGGGCCAACGGUGCUGGUCAACGUGCACCCGACCUGCACGGCGCUGCCUCAUGGCUGCAACGUCGUGCUCGCGCACGGCUCAAACGACGAGAGGUAUCCCGUGUCUCGCGAGCACCUGGAGCGGCUUCUGGGCACGGGCGACGCGAACAGCAGCUUCCUGCUGUACACUGCGAACAGCGGGCAGCUGGCCACUGGGCAGUUCUCGCGCUUUGGCGACACGCACGGCAUGGCGUCCCUCGGGUUGCACGAUGGUCUGGCGCGCCUCGUCGACGCCGCUCUCAGUGGCGGUUGUCCAGAGCUAUACUUCAUGCGCACCUGUCGUGAGAGAAUGACGCAGGCGCGCUUAGAGGUCGAAGGAAGACUGGGCUACACACCCGAGGCACUGCAGAAGCUCUGGGCAUCCCCGAACCAGCGGGGGAUGGACCGCCAGAAGCUCUUCGAUGUGCAUCCUGGGAGCACGGAGUUCCAGCUCGUCUCAGCCAUCUUCAAGGCUCACCCUCUGGAAUCGCCGACGUAUCCGCUCAAGCCCCGGGAGGCUUGGGAUAUGGCGAGGGUAGUACGCGUUCAGCGGGUCGAGAACGGCACACAAUUUGAUGGGAGCGUUAAGCCUUACUUUGGGGUCGGCGAAUUCCCUGCGCACGUCGAUCGAGGGCCAGGACUUGGAGUUCGAGCCCGGAACGCACACCGUCUGGGGCUUCCACGGCGCGGACCUCAUCGCGAUCGAGUCCAUCGUUGAGAAUCCCGCCUGCGGCUUCCAGCCGCUGGUCUCUGGCACCAAGAAAGCAUCGCUGUGGGGCUCUGGCACCUACUUCGCGCGCGACGCCAAGUACGUUGCGGAGGGUAACUUCUGCGCUGCACCAGCAGCGGACGGGCUGCAGAUGAUGCUCAUGUGCCUUCUAGGGUCAGGAAUGCCGUGCUUGGGAAGCCCAGAGCACCGCGGCGUGCUGCCUUUUCGGCAGAGGCCGCAUCGUUACAAUUGCUCCGUGGAUUCUCUGUCAAGCCCUGAGAUUUACGUCAUACAGCACUCGGGCGGCGCACUCCCUGCGUAUCUUAUCACAUUCGCCCAAGCGAAUUGGCCUUCACAGUGAGGAUCAGACGCUUGAAUUUCACUUCGGAUGUAGUGUUUCCUGCUAUCCAUCCCUUGUUCUGCGAAUGUCUGUCUGCGCGAGCCUGGCCUACCAGUGGUCAUAUCGCUGUGCACGCGGAAACAACGUCCUCCAUUCCGGGUCGUGAUUAAGCAUGACGCGGCCAUUUUUUCUUUGGUGUAUUUUGUUGCUUGGCCUACAAUAGGUCAUCCCAAAUCGUGACGAAGCAUUACGCGACCAGCUUGCUAGUGAUUGCGUGUGUUGGGGAAAACCUCGCGACCGUAGUGCUUGCACGACAGAAUCUGGCUCCUCUUGCAAAUCCUGCAUCUGCCGCUGGUGCCGUGCCUCGCCUGUCUCCCAUUCCCUCUUCCUGUUUCCUCUUUGUCCGCUUUGUCAUUGACCGUUCUCGACUUUCCUCGGCCCGCGCGGAAGUAGUGGAACGUG